CCCAUUUGGCUUCUCGAAGAAAAAGUGUGGCAGGCAGAGAUGACGAAGCAGAUGAUCCUUCGAGACAUUCAAAUCCUUCGUCUCUAAGAGAAAUUUCCAGAUCAAGAGGCUCAGGGCAAGAUAUGGCGCAGGAGCAGGAAGAAGCGGUGGCUGAGGCACGUGAUCAGAACGAUUCCCCCGUCGCCGCAACCUCCGAUAGCGUGAAUGAGAAUAAGAAGAAGGGGAAUGGAUUCUUCUCGCGUAUUUGGAAUGCCAUGUUUAGAGACAAAGGAGACGAUUUCGCGAAGAGGCUUGAAUACAUCUCUAAGGAAGAAGCAAGCGUUGUAUCCAGGAUCAAACGCAGAUCGAUCACGUGGAGGAAACUCACCAGAAACCUCGUCCUUUCCUCCUUAAUCUUUGAGGUAAUUGCAGUGGGUUAUGCGAUCAUGGCAACCAGAACUAAAGAUUUGGAUUGGAAGAUGAGGAGUUUCCGGAUCUUGCCUAUGUUUCUAUUACCUGCUCUCUCUGCUUUUGCUUAUUCCUCCAUCGUCAGCUUCUCAAAGAUGUUUGACCGCAGAGAUCAAAGGACAUUGGAAAAGCUCCGAGCUGAAAGGUUGGAUAAAAUCAAUGAGCUUAAAGAAAGGACCAAUUUUUACAUCACCCAACAACUUAUUGAGAGAUAUGACCCCGAUCCAGCUGCAAAAGCAGCCGCUGCAACUGUCCUGGCAUCCAAAUUGGGUGCCGACUCUGGCUUAAAAGUAGUUUUAGGAGAUGAAUCCCAAGUAGAUCCGGCGUGGGGAAAGAGUAAUGACAUGGAGGUCAACCAAUCACGAGGGCUGAGGAAUCGAAGACAUCCGAAUACUAGACCCCACGGUUCUGCAAGCACUUCAACACAUCAUUCUGAUGACGAGUCUCGCCAUUCUGGGGAAACCGAGAGAUUACUAAGCACCGCGGAGCAAAGCCAGGAGAUGCUGGUUGAGCAUUACAGUCCCCAGGGGUAUGCGGCUCCCGAUGGCAGUUGGAUCUCACGCAUCGCGGCUCUCCUUGUGGGCGAAGAUCCCACACAGUCAUUCGCAAUCAUUUGUGAGAACUGUCAUAUGCAUAACGGACUUGCUAGGAAAGAGGAUUUUGAGUAUAUUACGUAUUAUUGCCCUCACUGUAACGCCCUGAACAAACCGAAGCAUUCAGAGGAGAAUCCACUUCUUCCUCCUGUUCCUGCUCUACUGGUCACAGACUCUCCCUCAUUGAUUGAAACCAGUGAAGUGGUUAAUAGCAGCAGCUCGUCCAGUGAACGUGGGAAUAGCCCCAUUCCUGAAAUAAACGAGGAAGUUGCUACUACUGAGACCGGGACACCGAGCUGAGUAAGAUCCAGUUACCUGAGGAAGAAGGCUUUCGUGUGCUAGUAUUCGUUCAGGUAAUUUAUAACUGUUCUUUAUAUAUAGUAUAUUCUUACAGGUUUGGUUAUGGUGUGUUUUUAAUACAACAAGACAACAGAGUUUUGGUGGGUAAAUAUAACGAUAAUUGUUAUACGUUUUUGGGUUUAAAUCUUUUUAAUUUGGUUUACUUCUACAGAUUGUCUCUAUAUUUUGUUAAUGUAUUCACUUUCGAAAACAGAUCAUAUUUGGUAUUAAUACUAUGAGCUAACAGUUUCUUCA